AUGCUGCUGCAGCCCGCGCCGUGCGCCCCGAGCGCGGGCUUCCCGCGGCCCCCGGCCGCCUCCGGCGCCAUGCACGGCUCGCAGAAGGACACCACGUUCACCAAGAUCUUCGUGGGCGGCCUGCCCUACCACACCACCGACGCCUCGCUCAGGAAGUACUUCGAGGGCUUCGGGGACAUCGAGGAGGCCGUGGUCAUCACCGACCGCCAGACGGGCAAGUCUCGCGGCUACGGCUUCGUGACCAUGGCAGACCGGGCUGCAGCCGAGAGAGCUUGCAAAGACCCUAACCCUAACAUCGAUGGCCGCAAGGCCAACGUGAACCUGGCGUAUCUGGGUGCCAAGCCGAGGAGCCUCCAGACGGGCUUCGCUAUUGGCGUACAGCAGCUGCACCCCACUUUGAUCCAGCGGACUUACGGGCUGACCCCCCAUUACAUCUACCCGCAAGCCAUCGUCCAACCCAGCGUGGUGAUCCCGGCGGCCCCGGUGCCGUCGCUGUCCUCGUCCUACAUCGAGUACCCGCCAGCCAGCCCGGCCUAUGCCCAGUACCCGCCGGCCACGUUUGACCAGUACCCGUAUGCCGCCUCGCCCGCCACGGCCGCCAGCUUUGUGGGCUACGGCUACCCGGCCGCCGUGCCCCCGGCCCUGUCGGCCGCCGCCCCCGCGGGCACCACGUUCGUGCAGUACCAGCCUCCGCAGCUGCAGCCCGACAGGAUGCAGUGACAGCCCCGCCGCCCGCACACGUUCCUCCGGGGACCCCGCGGGAGCCCCGCCCGACCCCGGACGGCCUGGAGACCACUUCCCUUUCAAGCCAGGACCCGCCGCGUCUCAAGGGGGGACUUUGGGAAACAGGAAUGGCCGAGAGCUCUUUGAAGAUACAACUCAGACCUCGCACACACCGCCAGCCUUCUGCCUGCCCCUGCCCGUGCCCCCGGCGCCCACAGACCUGUCCCCCGGCCCUGCCCGGGGCCCUCUCGCCCCUCCACAGACCGGCUGCCCUGCGUCCGGCUCGGAGACGCCUUGCUCCGGGGACGCCCGGGAGCAGCAGAAGCGACGGCGAGCGGGGGCGGGGGCGUGGGGGGCCGGCGCCUCCAGAACCCGCAUUUUCUAGACGGCAGCCGGCCCACACUGCGGCGGGGAGCCGGCCCGCUUCCCCUUCUGUUGAGCUGCAACUUUUUUCUUCUCGUCCUUGUUUUGCUAAGAUGAUUUCAGAGUCGUAGUCUAUUUUUUCAACAGGAACUCCCACCACCAAGAAUCCAGCACCUAUUUUUGACUUUGA